AUCUGACAGGUGCUCAAGAUGGGAGUGUCAGAAUGUUUGAAUGGGGCCAUUCUCAACAAAUAACCUGUUUUCGAUCUGGCGGCAAUUCAAGAGUUACAAGAAUGAGAUUUAACUAUCAGGGAAAUAAGUUUGGAAUAGUUGAUGCUGAUGGAUAUUUAAGUUUGUAUCAAACAAACUGGAAAUGUUGUCCAGUUACUGGGAGCAUGCCUAAGCCAUACCUGACUUGGCAGUGUCAUAACAAAACAGCCAAUGAUUUUGUCUUCGUUAGUUCCUCUUCUCUGAUAGCCACAGCUGGUCUUUCAACUGAUAAUCGAAACAUAUGUUUGUGGGAUACUCUUGUAGCACCUGCCAAUAGUUUAGUCCAUGCUUUUACCUGCCAUGAUAGUGGAGCCACAGUUUUAGCAUAUGCUCCUAAACAUCAACUACUAAUAUCAGGUGGCAGAAAAGGUUUCACAUGUGUAUUUGACCUUCUCCAACGACAACAAAGGCAACUUUUUCAGAGCCAUGAUUCCCCUGUUAAAGCCAUUGCUAUUGAUCCAACUGAAGAGUACUUCGUUACAGGAUCUGCAGAAGGCAAUAUAAAGAUUUGGAGUCUUUCUACUUUCAGUCUUCUCCACACUUUUAUCAAUGAACAUGCUCGGCAGUCCAUUUUUAGAAAUAUUGGAACCGGAGUGAUGCAAAUUGAGACAGGACCAGCAAAUCACAUUUUCUCUUGUGGAGCUGAUGGAACAAUGAAAAUGAGGAUAUUGCCAGAUCAAUUUAGCCCUUUAAAUGAAGUGUUAAAAAAUGAUGUGAAAUUUAUGCUGUAAUAUUUUUACAAAAAAGAUGUAUAAUUUAUUACCUGUUUGGUGGAAGUUACCAAUAGAUGUCAUGUACAGUAAUCAUUCUCUAUACCACAAAUAAGCUCUUGCUUUAUUAUUUUAAUGUUUAUUUUAUGGAGCUUUGCCCUUGAUGCACUGAUGCCUUAAAAAUUAACAGAAUCAUUCAGAAUUAGAUUAUAUUGCCUAAAGUAGAAUGUGUAAGUAAUGCUAUAAUAAUACAUAUUUAUAGUAUGGUGUAGUGAGUAUGUCAUACAGUUAAAGGAGUUUUGUUUUCUUAUUGUUGAUAAACUCUUCUGCAGAUCUCUCUGCAUGAAUUUGAGAGUAAAAAUACCCUUUAAGUAAUGGCAGUUGCACAUAAUAACUCAUCACUUAAUCCACUCUUACUUCCUCUAUCAGGCAUAUGCAUCUCGGACUCUUUUCCUCUUAAUGAUAGAUUGAUAUUUGAGUAAGAACUCAAUAACAUCUCUUUUAAAACUGUCAUUGGAACAUAAAUGAUAAAUAAGCCAAAUGGCUCAUAUGUUAAGUUUUCAUCAAUUUCCCCUCUAAAGCCCAAAUUGUGUGUAUGUAGAUGUAUUUGUGUGUAUGUAUAUGUGUAUAUAUGUGUAUAUAUAUAUCUUACGCAUCUUAGUUGAACUUCAUUUGUAUGUAUAUAAGAAAAAACUACAUAUCUUUUCUUGUGUUUUGUGCCAUAACAACUACUGCCACCAGAAUAAUAACUUUUUUUGCAACUGUUUUCUUCAUUUAAGAAAAUUUUUUUGAAUUCCAUUCUAAUUUUCAGAUAAAUUUCCAGAUGAUGUCUAAGAUUAUUUUAAAGAUUACAUAGAGUCAAGUAAGUCUUAGCAGGCAAUAAAGAUUCUGUGUUGGCACAUGUAAAACACUUAAAAGUUUAUCAUUUUGUCAGAAGAUAUUUGAGUAUCUACAGAAAUUUUACUUAAAUUUUAUCUUUAUUUCUUAUUUUUUAGGUGCUUUUUAAUCUUAAUAUUCUGAAACCUUAUAGCAGUGUUUUUAGAAAUAAAUGUGAAAAGAGUCAAAUUAGUAUUUACAAAUGUAAAAUACCCUCCAGACCUACCAUUAAUAGAAAAUAAACUAAACCUUAUUAUUUUAUUAUUUUUGCCAAAAUACAUUAUUUUAUUAUAAGAUAUGACCAAAAUAUUUAAAAUGCACUAUACUUAUGUAUGCUAAUCCUAUUUGUUUCAUGCUAUACCUUUUCUGACUCAGAAUUAUAGAAAACUUGAUAAAUACUUGAUUUUAACCAAUGAGACAGGAGGCAAAGGGGACUAAGUGUUUAAGGGACAACUGUAUAAUAUUUAGCUUAAAUUUAUUUUGUUCAUUAGGAACUAUAAAUUAAGAGCAUUUUUAUGUAAUGAGAUAUGGACAACUAUUAUCUUGGAAAUUAAACAGUCAAAGCAAAGAAAUGAAGGGCUGGUAAAAUGAAUUUUGUAAUAUCCUCAGGAUACUUUUAUCAUAAAAGUAUAUUGUUAAAGAUUUUGUAAAUUGUAUUUCAUAAUUUUAAAUGUAUUAAGCAAGUUGCAGUGAAACACUGUUAUUAUGUAGCGAGAGAUUAUAAACCUGUUCCUAUAAAUUGUGCAAUAACAAUAUAUUACUAUUUUGCCAUGGAGAAAUCUGUGACAACCAUUGCAAAUAAUAUUAUUGUUUGGUGUAGUUAAGCAUAAGUUAUUUUUCAGUCAUUUCUUCACAAAUCAAGAUUCAAAAGGCUAUAAACACUUUCAGUGAGAUAGAAAAUUUACUGUUGUGCUUAUUAGAACAAAAGGCAUUGGGGAUGAACUAUUAAUAGUAUUUUAAUUGAGGGUUUAUAUGAAUAACCAUAAAUUAUGUAAGCCCAUAUGUAUUUACAACCAGAGUCAUAAUAUUUUAAAUAAACAAUCAUGCAGUGA